CAAGCUGCAGAGGCAGAAUGUAGCCGUUCCACUUCCAGGUAGCCUUAGAUGACUGAAUCAAAGGUUUUUCUUUUACACUGCAAUGAUAGACACGUUUUCAGCAUCUGUGCAAGGAUAGUAUCCAAGCUGGUCAAGACAAACCAGUUCAACACCAGGAGGAGAGAAAAGCGGACGGGUGAUGGACCCAGUCUCUGUGUCGUGCUAAAUCACAAUGCCGGAAUAUUUUUAAAAGAAAGAUGUCAGCCUUUCCCUACCCUGUCAGCCCUACACCCCCUAUGUUCCACUGCGACUACAGUGACUGGUCUCCCUCCUUCUACAUUAUCCCGUCAGUCUACUUGUUGUCCUUCCUGGUGGGUUGCCUUGGUAACAGCUUGGUGCUCUGGGUGUACUUGCAUCGAACCAAUGCGAGAGGAAUCAGGAUAAGAGACAAACGGCGUAUUGCAAUAGGAAAGCUGUGCUGUUCUUUCAGAGCUACUCAUCAUGAUGCUUCCAGAACUCACCAUGUGUCAGACAGAGGGAACCCAUCAGGACAAAGCUACAGGCCUUCCUCUCAUGCCUUCAGCUCUUCCUCGCUCCCUCCCUCCAUCCCUCGGCCUUCUCGCUCCCUGACAGACUCUCUGAUUGCCAGUCUGGCUUUAGCUGACCUUUGCUUUCUAGUAACUCUGCCCUUCUGGGCUGCCUACACAGCAAUGGGCUACCACUGGCCUUUCGGACAACCCCUUUGCCAGAUAAGCAGCUUCCUCACAGCUCUCAACAUGUACGCCAGCAUAUUUAGCCUUAGUAUGCUCAGUGUGGAGAGGUACUGGGUCUUGACGGGACGCCGUCACUCAGGCCACUAUCCCUUGCAGAGGUGUCCUAAUAGGACUUUGUGGAUACUCAUAGCAGUGUGGACAUUAGCAGGGAUCCUGGCACUGCCUGGGUUGUUGCGUUCUGUCAGGGAAGUGGAGCUCGACCCAAAGUCUAGGGAUGACCCAGGAUCUUUUGUCCUUUCCUGCCAGAUGGAUUACUCCAUGCUUGUUGGAGCAGAGCUUGACGAGGCUGAGAAAGACAGCGCUGAGAUGUGGUGGGCUGCUGUAUUGAGCUUAAAGUCAACUUUAAUUGGCUUCCUCCUGCCACUCGUCAUCCUGCUCAUCUGCUACUGCUCACUGGCUCGGCUCCUCAGCAGGCACUUCGGACAUGGCCCUCGUCCUGACCGCAGGCACCAGCGCAGACUCCUAAGAGUCAUUAUCACUCUAGUGAUGGCCUUCUUCCUGUGCUGGUUGCCACUUCACGUCAACAAAACUAUCUCUGUCCUAAUGGAGUUUGACUUAAUCCCCUACUCGUGCUCUUUAGACCAGGCUCUGCUGGCUGCUCACCCAUACGUCACCUGUUUGGCGUACCUGAACUCCUGCCUUAACCCACUGCUUUACGCCGCCUGUGACCCUUCCUUCAGGGGAAGAUGCAGAGCAACCCUGCUCAUGUGGUGCAGGGUAUGCAGAGAAGAAGAUGAGGGGAAUGGGAAGACAGAAGUAAAGGAAAGAUUGGACAGGAGCUCAAAUGUUCCAACAAGGACCCUGGAGGACACAGAGGGAAGGACAGAAGAUGAGGAGGAAGAAGAAGACAGGUUAUGAGGAGCUGGUCACACGGACAGAGGAAAAACAACAAUGUACUAUUUAUAUCAAAAUCAAAAACCAAACAAAGGCUGAUUUAAAAUAUGGGAAACUGAAUAAUAUUUGCUGUCUAAACAUUCCCUCUGUCUGUGUAAGCUUUUUUUAAACUCUGAAAAUGGAAAUGUUCCGAUUUUUAUAUUCCCAGUGGUACAAUGGAUAUAUUUCCCACAGGAAAAUAGAUCUGUUUUCUAAAUUACUUUAUAAAGACAUUAUCUUUGGUCAGGCUAGAGCUUCUCAUGUUAUAUGAUAUGUUGUACAUUCCUAAUGUACUCUGUAUUUGUUGGUUUGUCUUGGACUGUUUAAACUUUUUUAUUGACUUU